AUGGUAAGGAAAAUACUUUCACGGGCAAAACCAGCCCUGUCAGAAAGCAGAAAGCCAGGAACGCGAAAAGAUGUUCCCAAGUUGGAAGAAUUUCUGGAAAAACGAGACUAUGCCGGUGCCUUGACAUUAGUUGAGUUCAAUAAAUCAAACAGCAAUAUCCAGGACACGGAUAUGUGGAUAGCGUAUUGUGCUUUUCAUCUUGGAGAUUACAAGAGAGCUACCAGCGUCUAUGAAAGCUUGAGAAGGAAAGGAAGAAAUGAUGUUGCUACUAAUUUAGCUUGCUGCUAUUUUUACUUGGGAAUGUAUCCAGAAGCUAAAGAAGUAUUAAAUGAUGCUCCUGAAAGUGGUUUAAAAACCCGAGUAAUGUUUCAUUUGACUCACAAGAUGAGCGAUGAAACCAAGCUCAAAGAGUACCAUGCUAAACUUAAAGAUGUUAUUGAAGACCAGUUGUGCCUAGCUUCUAUUCAUUAUCUUCGAGCUCAUUAUCAAGAAGCUAUUGAUAUUUAUAAAAAAAUUCUUCUUGAUAAUAGUGAGCACAUUCCUAAAUCCUCGAAAUUCAAUUCCCAGCGUCUGUUCCUUACCCUUCUUAAGAAACCAAGGGAUUAUAUGGCCUUGAAUGUUUAUGUAGCAUUGUGCUAUUAUAAACUAGACUACUACGAUGUAGCUCAAGAAGUCCUUCAAGUUUACUUGCAAAAGUACCCAGACAGUGCAAUUGCUAUUAAUUUAAAAGCAUGCAAUCACUUUCGUCUUUAUGACGGCACCACGGCUCAGACUGAAAUGAGGCAGUUGAUAGAAAAAACAACUUCUUCGUACAGUUUUGGACAUGAUUUAAUUCGUCACAAUAUUGUGGUAUUUAAAGACGGUGAAGGAGCAUUGCAAGUCUUACCAGGUUUAGUCGAUGUCAUACCAGAAGCCCGAUUGAACCUGGUAAUUUAUUAUUUAAAGCAGAAUGAAAUUCAAGAAGCUUAUGAACUGAUAAAAGAUCUAGAACCGGCAGUCCCACAAGAGUUUAUUCUAAAAGGAACAGUUUGCGCAGUAAUCGGACAGGAAACCAGUUCACGAGAUAUCAUUAAGACAGCUCAGCAGUAUUUCCAUUUGGUGGGUUCAUCAACUUCUGAAUGUGACACAAUACCGGGUCGUCAUUGCAUGGCAGCUUGUUUUUUUCUUCUUCGUCAAUUUGAAGAAGUUUUGGUCUAUUUAAAUUCUAUAAAAACUUAUUACACGAAUGAUGAUAGUUUUAAUUUCAACUAUGCACAAGCACAAGCGGCUGCGGGUUACUUCAAAGAAGCAGAGGAAGCAUUUCUACUGAUUCGAAGUGAACGAUUCAAGAAUGACUACGUUUAUAUAAGCUUACUGGCUUAUUGUUACAUUAUGAAUAAGAAAGCUCACAUUGCUUGGGAGCUCUAUUUAAAAAUGGACACAUCGACGCAAUCUUUUAAUCUUCUACAGUUAAUUGCAAAUACUUGCUACAAAAUUGGUGAAUUUUGGUAUGCUGCUAAGGCGUUUGAUAUGCUAGAACGUAUGGAUCCAUCACCAGAACAUUGGGAAGGCAAACGAGGCGCUUGUUGCGGAACUUUUCAAUUUAUUGUUGCUGAAAAACAACCCAAAGAGUUAUUAGUUGAAGUUAUUCAAUUGCUGAGAAACACAUCUAAUUCUCAAGUGGAACAAAUAAUUCGUGUUAUGAAAAAAUGGGGAAAAGACAAGAGGAUUCCUUGUUGA